GAGCAGAGUUGUCGUGCGAUGCAGAAGCAACAGCAACAGUUAGGACUUCAUGUUUUCUUCUCUUAUUGAUCACUUGGAGAGCCGCUGGCUUUUUUGCAUCAACUAAAACUCACAACUGUUGGAAGAACUGAUGCACAACCACAGUAAAGGUGUGUCCGUGAGAAGUUGACCACAGGAAUGUGAGCUGCGGUGGGAGUGCACAUGGAGGUUCUGUGCCUAUAUAGGUAAAGAUGACUCUGCUGGCAGGCGACGGCUCAGACUAUGACUACAGCGCUCUGAGCUGUGCCUCCGAUGCCUCCCUCCUCCUCCCUCAACCCCCGCCCCUGUCAGAGCAAGAGGCCCUCAAGGGGGCCUACUACAAACGGGCCCAACGCCUACCUGAGGACCCAGACCACCACCUCACCAACUCCACCUCGCUCUCCGCUGCCCGUAAACUCCAUGCCAUUAUCAAUGUCGGUGGGCUGCGUUAUCAAUUACCCUGGACCACCUUGGAGGACUUCCCCCUGUCCCGACUUGGCCAGCUGCGCCUCUGCAGCAGCUUUGACGAGAUCAUGUGCGUCUGCGACGAUUAUGACAUUGCCAGCAACGAGUACUUCUUCGAUCGUUCGCCCUGCGCCUUCCGCACCAUCCUGACCUUCCUGCGGGCCGGGAAGCUGCGAUCCCUCAGGGAGAUGUGUGCCCUCUCCUUUAGGGAGGAGCUUCUCUACUGGGGGGUCCCUGAGGAGAACCUAGAGUGGUGUUGCCGUCGCCGCCUCAUCCAGCGGGUGGAGGAGUGUGACGAGCUGGAGCGGGCAGCCCAGGAGGAUGAGGAGGAGGAGGAGCUGAUGAUGGACACCGAAAGCGGGCACCGCAGAGGCAGCGCCGCCCGGGCUACGGAGACCCGGAUGGGACAUUAUAUGAACAAGCUGAGAGACAUGGUGGAGAGGCCUCACUCAGGCCUGCCAGGGAAGAUCUUUGCCUGUUUGUCGGUGCUGUUUGUCACCAUCACGGCUGUCAACCUGUCCAUCAGCACCAUGCCGGCCAUGAGAGAGGAGGAGGAGCAGGGCAAGUGCUCCCAGAUGUGCUACAACAUCUUCAUAGUGGAGACGGUGUGUGUGGGCUGGUUCUCCCUUGAGUUCACCCUGCGCUUCAUCCAGGACCGGGACAAACUUGCCUUCCUGAGACGCCCUCUGAACCUCAUAGACGUGGUGGCAAUCCUGCCCUACUACAUCACCCUAGUAGUGGACAGCUACCAGGGGGAGAAGAAGCUGGGCUCGGGCAGCAGUUACCUUGACAAGGUGGGUCUGGUGCUCCGGAUCCUCCGUGCCCUGAGGAUUCUGUACGUGAUGCGGCUGGCCCGCCACUCAUUGGGCCUGCAGACUCUGGGGCUUACUGCACGGCGCUGCACGCGGGAGUUCGGAUUACUCCUCCUCUUCCUCUGCGUGGCCAUUGCCCUCUUCUCCCCGCUGCUCUACCUCAUUGAGAACGAGAUGGCUACGACCCACGAGUUCAGCAGUAUCCCCGCCACCUACUGGUGGGCCGUCAUUACCAUGACGACAGUGGGCUACGGGGACAUGGUUCCGAGGAGCAUCCCGGGUCAGGUGGUGGCUCUGAGCAGUAUCCUGAGCGGGAUUCUUCUCAUGGCGUUCCCAGUCACCUCCAUCUUCCAUACAUUCUCCCGGUCCUAUGUGGAGCUGAAGCAGGAGCAGCAGAGGCUACUGCAAAGACGGACACACUUCCUGUUACGCAGGAGGAUAGGCGGACUGGGGAGUAACAUGUCGCUGGAGAGUGACUACCCCAGCUAUGGUUCCUCUGGGGCCAGGGACAACUGAGUAGGAGGAGGAGGAGGAGGAGGGAUGAUUAAAGGGCACAGCACACAAAGAAAAUGAGAGAAAAUAGGGGUUAGAACUUGGCAACUUCAUCUGUGAACAGGGAACCAAAUGACUGAGGAGGAUGAGAGAAGAGAUCAAGGACACAAAGCACAGACUAUAGACAAAGAGACUAUAGACAGAGAGACAAACUGAGAGUGAUAAAAUAGGGGUUAAGUAAGAUUACUCUGCUUCCAUUUUUUGAGUUUAUUAUUCUUCAAUGGAUGACGUCAUCUCUGCCUACAGCAUUAUGAUUUAACAGAUGCCGGAAAUGUUCCCAGAAAUCAGAAGAUCUGCACAAUAGCAGAAAGAAGAUUAUAAUAAACCAUUUUAGAUGAUUGACAUAACAGUACAUCAUAUUCCACAAAGUCAUUUAUCAAAAAUAACAUGGACGUACAGUAUAGGCUACAUGUAAUAUGUGAUCGAUUUCUUAUUCAUUUUUGUGUCUCAAUUGCAAAGUGUGAGUCCAUAACCAUAUUUCUCAAGAGUUACAUGUAUUGGAGGUGUAUUGGUGCUCAGCACUAGGUUGCAAUUUUCUGUAUAAAACAAUGAAGGAAUAUGUAUCCGUACGUAGUUAUUAUGUGCUCCGUCUCUCACAAAUGUAUUUCUAAAACAUAGUAAUUUGUGUGUAAAAAAAAUGGUACGUUUGUUUUAUUUUUUGCUAUUGAUUGUUAAAUGUUAUGAACUUAUUUUUCUCUUUAAAGUUUAACUGAACUUAAUCUGAUCUGCCUCAUGAUUGCUUGGACUUAUUUGUAAUUGACUGACUUUUCUGCUAUUUCCUAACCAUUUAUAUAUCUAUUUUCAAAACACAGCAAAUU